AUAGAGAGAGCUGUUAACAACUGCAAGAUAGACUCCCGAUACAGAAUGCUCAUACAUAAUAUUUACAAGAAAGCUACAAUGAAAAUACAAAUAGAUGAGAAAACCAAAGUUAUACCAAUCAACAGAGGAGUUCGCCAGGGAGAUGGUGUCUCACCAAAGCUAUUCACACUUGGACUGGAAGACGGGUUCAAAGACAUUAACUGGGCAGAUAAAGGAAUACAUGUUAAUGGAUAAAAUAGUAAAAGCACAAAGAGCGACGGAAAGGUCCAUGCUUGGGGUAAGACUUAUAGACAAAAAAACAAACAAACGGAUUAGAAGCAAAACGAAAGUAAAAGACGCAGGGGAACAUGCUGCCAAAUUAAAAUGGAGCUUCGCAGGACACAAUGCCGACUGAAGGAUAAGAAAUGGACCCACGAAAUACAACAAUGGAGACCAUGGUUAGGGAAGAGAAGCAGAGGAAGACCACAAAUGAGAUGGGCGGAUGAUAUUAAGAAGAUUAGAGGACACAACUGGAAGCAAGUGGCGCAAAAUAGAAGACACUGGAUUGAUUUGGGGGAGGCCUAUGUCCAAAGUUGGAUUACUUAAGGCUGAAGAAGAAGAAGAAUAAAGAUAACUUCAAUGCUUCACACCAAUUUUUUU